CAUCACAUUUCCUCUCAUUUUCAUUGGCUGCCAAAAAAAUAAAUCCUAGCAGUCUCUCUCUCUCUCUCUCAAUAAAUACGGAGAAUCUCUUCGUUUUAUCCGCAUCCAACACGCUUAGUCGGGAGGGAAUAAUCAGAGAGGCUUGAUGCGCCGAGGGAGGCGUUUAAAAGAAGACAACAACAUCUAAAGCUGAUCUUCUGGACAAGCUGAAGCGCAAAAGGGAGCGAAGACAGGAUUAAAAACAACAACAUCCAAACACUUUUCUGCCCUUUUUUUGUUCGCGUUUCUUCGUGCGGCCGCCAGCAUGAUGUCGUAUCUGAAGCAGCCGCCGUACACGGUGAACGGACUGAGCUUAUCUACCUCGGGAGUGGACCUGCUGCAUCCCUCCGUGGGAUACCACGGAACCCCUCGCAAACAGAGGAGAGAGAGGACGACCUUCACUCGGGCCCAGCUCGACCUGCUGGAGAGUCUGUUCAACAAGACGCGGUACCCGGACAUCUUCAUGAGAGAGGAGAUGGCCCUGAAGAUCAACCUGCCUGAAUCCAGAGUCCAGGUUUGGUUCAAGAACCGACGAGCCAAACACCGCCAGCAGGCCCAGCAGACCCAAAGUGGCGCGCAGAACAAGGCGGUCAGCAAGCCGGUGAAGAAGAAGAGCUCUCCGGUCAGAGAGGCCAGCUCGGAGAGCGGAGCCAGCGGGCAGUUCACGCCGCCCCCGAGCACCGCGCUCCCGGCCGCGAGCAGCAGCGGCAGCGGCAGCGCGGCACCGGUGUCCAUCUGGAGCCCGGCCUCCAUCUCCCCGCUCUCCGACCCGCUGUCCACCUCCUCCUCCUGCAUGCAGCGCUCUUAUCCCAUGACCUACAGCCAGGCGUCGGGCUACAACCAGGGCUACACGGGCUCCUCGUCCUACUUCACCGGGAUGGACUGCGGCUCCUACCUCUCGCCCAUGCACCACCAGCUCUCCGCCGCCGGCUCCGCCAUGAGCCCCAUGGGGAGCAACGGGGUCUCCGGCCACCUGAGCAACGCGUCGUCCCUCUCCUCGUCGGCGUACGGCGCGGCGGGGCUCGGCUUCGGCAGCGCCGCGGACUGCCUGGACUACAAGGACCAAACGGCCUCGUCGUGGAAGCUCAAUUUCAACGCGGACUGUUUGGAUUACAAAGACCAAGCGGCGUGGAAGUUCCAGGUGUUGUGAGAGGAGGGAAAUAAUUGGAAAACAAACAACAACAACAAAAAAAUGGACAACCUACUCCCCAUCACCCCCACCACCUCCCCCCUUCGGCCCCACCCUCCCCCAAGCUGCGGGCAAAUAAUUAAAAAAAAAAAACAAAGUUCGAGGAGCAGCAAGUGCGGGCGUUUUCUCCCCCCCCCCCCCCCCCCUCUCCUUCCCUCCCCUCCCCCAAAACCUCGGGCCCCAACUUCUACCUCGGGCAGAGCAGAGCAGGACUGCCAGCCGGUUGUCUCCCUUGUUGGGUUUAACUUAUUGAACAUUCAGACAGACUCCUUCCCAACUGUGAUCAAGGACACGGAACAAAUGUGUUGACCAAAAGGGGGAAAAAAGGAUCCAAAGAGCGAAAAAUCCAUUAAGCCCAACUUGGUUGAGUGUGAGGAAUAGGUCAGGGUUUUUUCUAAGCUCCUUAAAGACUCCCUACUCUUUUUAUUUUGUUGGCACGCUGAAGGCCCCCUUUGAUCAAAGUGUUGCGCAUGAGUGUGUGUGAGUGUGUGUGUGUGUGUGUGUGAGUGAGCAGCUCUGACAUGAACCUGGAUGCACUAUUAAUUUAUAAUAAAUGUUUAAAACUAGUUAUAAGAGACAAUCAGUCUGUCGGCGUGUGAGCAGAACAGGUCACUUGUGUGUGUUUUGGAAUUAUUUUCCCCCAUGUGUUAGAUAUGUGUUUUUUUUUAAAAUUGUGAUUCUUUGUACCACAUGUAUGCAAUUAUUUGCUUCUUCGCACCACGAACCCGUGAAUUGGAUAGAUCUAUUUUCCUGUCUCGAGUGCUUAACUGAUAAAUUAUUAUGAGGACAUGUUAGUUGAAUGAAAGAAGGGAGCGUGAGUCAAGCUGUAAAGGCCACAAACACACUAAAUGACAAUAAAGAUCACAUGACCUGACCCGACACUGUGGCUGCAUGUGUAAAUCCA